UGAAUUUCGGAACGCAGCCCUUAUAACAUCUAACUAUUGUUGAGUUUAUGCGUUCGUAUUCUAACCUUAUCAAAGUCGACGUGUGUGAUUUUUAUUCGUCUAUAUUGGUCUAUAGGGUCUAUAUUACAUUCCACAGUGGAGUGUGAGGUUUAUGUUCACGAGUACCACGUGUAAAAUUUUGAAAAAAUACGUAUUUUCACUCACAAGAUUUUGUAAAUCGACUUGACUGCAAUUUUAAAAGAUGUCAGAUCUAUUUGACAGCAGCUCUUAUUCCGACAAGGAUGAUACAGAUGUGCUCAGUCAAGAAGUAGCGCAGGUUUUGUUAGUCGAGAAGGAAAAAGCAGAAUUAACUGCUCAGAUUCACACGUUCAACGACUUAUGUUGGGAUAAAUGCGUCGAUAAGCCAGGAAGUAAAUUGGAUGGCCGGACAGAAACGUGUAUAAACAAUUGCGUUGAUAGAUUCAUAGAUGUUUCUCUCUUUGUUACUAAUCGUUUUGCACAGUUAUUGAAUUCUGUAGCAAAAUAAGAUUUGUAGAAUGUAUUACAUAUAUAUGUAUAUAUAUAUGAAACAAAUUUGUAUGAACAGUAAGAUUUAAGAUUUCUAACUAUGAAUGUUAAAUCUAAUGUCACAUUCUUAAAUCAUGUUAAUCACAUUUGUGAAUGUAUAAUAAAGCUUUAUAUAUAAACAA